UGCUUGGAGAACCGCGAACUACAUGUCCCAGCAGGCCACGCGGCGCCAGCCCCACAGAGCGCAGUGUAGGUGGUGGAGGGCGUAGUUUCCUGGGAACUCCUGGCUGCUUGAGCCUGUGCCGCUGCGGUGAGUCCCUCGGGGUCUGAGGACAUGGCCCGAAAGGUUCUCAAGCUUGCUUCAUGGACCAGCAUUGCUCUUGCUGCCUCUGGGGUUUAUCUCUACAGCAACAAGUACUUGGACCCUAAUGACUUUGGUGCCGUCAGGGUGGGCAGAGCAGUUGCUACGACAGCCGCCAUCAGUUAUGACUACCUCACCUCCCUAAGGCAUGUCCCCUAUGGCUCACAGGAAUACUUGCAGCUUCGAUCAGAGGUGCAUCUUCGCUCUGCCAGACGUCUGUGUGAGCUCUGCUGUGCCAACCGGGGGACCUUCAUCAAGGUGGGCCAGCACCUUGGAGCUCUGGACUACCUGCUGCCAGAGGAGUACACCAGCACGCUGAAGGUGCUGCAUAGCCAGGCCCCGCAGAGCAGCAUGCAGGAAGUCUGCCAGGUCAUUCGCGAAGACCUGGGCAAGGAGCUCCAUGAUUUGUUUCUGAGCUUCGAUGACACCCCUCUGGGAGCAGCUUCCCUGGCCCAGGUCCACAAGGCGGUGCUGCGUGAUGGGCGGACAGUGGCCGUGAAGGUCCAGCACCCAAAGGUGCAGGCACAGAGCUCGAAGGACAUUCUCCUGAUGGAGGUGCUUGUCCUGGCUGUGAAGCAGUUAUUUCCAGAGUUUGAGUUUAUGUGGUUGGUGGAUGAAGCCAAGAAGAACCUGCCUUUGGAACUGGACUUCCUCAACGAAGGCAGGAAUGCUGAGAAAGUGGCCCAAAUGCUCAAACACUUUGACUUCUUGAAGGUCCCCCGGAUCUAUUGGGAGCUGUCCACCAAGCGGGUGCUGCUGAUGGAGUUUGUGGAGGGCGGACAGGUCAACGACAGGGACUAUAUGGAGAGAAACAAGAUCAACGUGGAUGAGAUCUCCCGCCACCUGGGCAAGAUGUAUAGUGAGAUGAUCUUUGUCAACGGCUUUGUGCACUGUGACCCCCACCCAGGCAACGUGCUGGUACGGAAGCAUCCAGCCACAGGCAAAGCAGAGAUUAUUCUGUUGGACCAUGGACUCUACCAGGUGCUCACGGAAGCGUUCCGCCUAGAUUACUGCCACCUGUGGCAGUCUCUGAUCUGGACGGACAUGGAGAAGGUGAAGAAAUACAGCCAGUGCCUGGGAGCUGGUGAGCUCUACCCCUUGUUCGCCUGCAUGCUGACAGCCCGCUCGUGGGACUCCAUCAACCGGGGCAUCAGCCAUGCCCCAGUCACUGCCUCUGAGGAUUCAGAGAUCCGCAGCAAUGCGGCCAACUACCUGCCCCAGAUCAGCCAACUUCUCAACCAUGUACCACGCCAAAUGCUGCUCAUCCUCAAGACCAACGAUCUGCUGCGUAGCAUCGAGGUCACCCUGGGCACCCGCGCCAGUGCCAGCUCCUUCCUCAACAUGUCACGGUGCUGCAUCAGGGCACUUGCUGAGCACAAGAAGAAGAAUACUUGUUCAUUCUUCAGAAGGACCCACAUCUCUUUCAGCGAGGCCUUUAGUUUAUGGCAGAUCAACAUGUAUGAACUCAUUCUGCGUGUGAAAGGGCUGAGGCUGACCAGCUGGGUCUCAGCCCUGAUUUGCUGGCUUUUUCCUGUUCCACACUGAGUGGGUUUGCAUACUCCUUUCUGGCUCCUUUCACUGUUCAUAUUUCCUUUGUUCCCUGUCUCCUCCCAGUGCCCUCAUUUCUAUCGUGGGGUGAUCUGCAGUCUCAGGGUCAUGGUCCAUGCACCAGGAUGCUCUACCUUUGGAACUACUCAGCUGGGCCAUUCCUGUUUCUUCAGGGAGAAGUUACAGCAGCCUCUUCUCCUGUGCCUGUGUGUGCCCUUGGCCCCUAUUCCCCCUUUCCACUGCCCACUUAUAUUGUCAGUAUUGACCAAGUGUGCCACCGAGGGUACAUUUAACUAGCAGGAAGUCUGAUUUUGUCAGAGGUGAGCAUUGUCUCUGAAACUUCUGGAGGACAGGCUCUCUCUCCUUCCAUGUCCCUUCCUAGAGGUGUCACGCCUGAACGAGGCAGUUUGCCAUCUGAGGGCAGACUCUGGGAAGCUGUGGGUUCACUGAGAUCUAUUUGGUAUUAUUUGUAUUGUAUUUCAGUAAGUCUGCUUUGGUUUUCAGAGUCUGUCCAGCCUGACUCACUUGGCUCCCACUUCACCCCAGCCAGGUACCCAUUCUGAGUGUGGUCCUGGCCCUAACCAAAGGUGGACAGCUCCUCUUGGGUGCUUUAAUGUUUCUCUGGGAUUUCCCUGGGAGACCUAGGAGAAUAAGGCCAAGGCUUGAUGGAAUUUUUAUUCAAGGUUGGGAAUGAAUCCACACCAGACAGUGAUGGAUCUGAGCACUGAGUACCAAGAGGAUCGGCGCCUUGGCCCCUUGCCCUUGUAAUCUUUCCAAGAAGUGGACUCCUUCCACUGUGGGACCACUUCUUGGGGGACUUAGCUCUCCUUCCAGGACUGAGAACUUGAUUGGAGAAGUUAAGCCCAGGGCUGGGAGCUUAGAGGCUGGCUUUUUUCCCUCUAGAUCUUGACCACAUUUAGGUACCUCAUUGUUCUAGCCCUUUCCUGACUUAACCUUCUGGUUCUUAGGUGAUGGCUUCAGUUCCAGUCUGGGAUUCUACUGGAUCUUUUCAGUCCUCCUAGAGUCCUUAUUCGUGUUGCUGAAACUUUAGUCACUAGGGCUAGACUUUCUUUCUUUCUCUCUCUCUCUCUCUCUCUCUCUCUCUCUCUCUCUCUCUCUCUCUCUCGUUCCGUUCCUCUCCUUUCCGUUCCUUUCCUUUCCUUUCCUUUCCUUUCCUUUCCUUUCCUUUCCUUUCCUUUCCUUUCCUUUCCUUUCCUUUCCUUUCCUUUCCUUUCCGUUCCGUUCCGUUCCGUUCCUUUCCUUUCCUUUCCUUUCCUUUCCGUUCCGUUCCGUUCGGUUCCGUUCCUUUCCUUUCCGUUCCUUUCCUUUCCGUUCCUUUCCUUUCCGUUCCUUUCCUUUCCGUUCCGUUCCGUUCCUUUCCGUUCCUUUCCGUUCCGUUCCGUUCCUUUCCGUUCCUUUCCGUUCCGUUCCAUUCCUUUCCGUUCCGUUCCGUUCCUUUCCGUUCCUUUCCGUUCCGUUCCGUUCCUUUCCGUUCCUUUCCGUUCCGUUCCGUUCCUUUCCGUUCCGUUCCGUUCCGUUCCGUUCCUUUCCGUUCCGUUCCGUUCCGUUCCGUUCCUUUCCUUUCCGUUCCUUUCCUUUCCUUUUGCGGUUCAGGGUGGCCUUGAGCUCACUUUGUAGCCCAGGAUGGUCUCAAACCUGUGAUGAUCCUCCUGCCUCAGCCUCCCAAGUGCUGGGAUGACAGGCAUGCACUACCACAUAGGGCUGGGUUUUUGUUCAGAAACCUCAUGUUGCCUGUUUGAAUUCUGCUUACAUCUGUUGAAUUGCAGGCUACUUGUCCCGUCUGUCCUCUGUUCCUCCUUCUGGGACACCCUAUACUGCUGCUCUAACUCCUAUGUCUGUAUGGUGUCUGGGUCCCCAAGACCUCAAAUUUGCCAGGUCUAGCUCCCUGAAGAUCCAUGGUCCUAGAUGGUAAUUUUAUUUGAAUCUGUCUUAUCUUGUUCUACCCUAUUCAUAGGGGUAGAAAACCAUGAGUCAGGGACUGGGGAUAUAGCUCAGUGACAUAAGCACUUGCCUAGUAAGUGCAAGGUCCUGAGUUCAAUUCCUGGUCCCACCUACUCACCCCCCAAAAGAAAACCCUUAGUCUAAAUCUUGUUUUCUGUUCUUUUUAUUCAUAAUAUGACAAGUAGAUUUUCUAGUGAUCAGAAAUGGUUUGUCACUCUUUUAUUUCCCAAAAGAAUUGAUUGUUCUUAGAGACUAGUUCAAUGUAUCCAGGGACCUGCAAGAAUAAUUUGCAGAAUCUGUUAUUAAUCAUGAGGAUGCAUGGUGCAUAUUAUAUUUUAUGAUGUCUUUUAUAGGCACUGAAGUAAAUAUAAAUGUCUUUUCUGUUCAAGGUAAUGGUUGCUUGCUUCUCACUUUCAUGUGAUGGUUGGCUUCCUUUGCGCUGGGAUCUAAAACAUCAGCAUGUUGCCAGUGAGCCCAGCACCCAGGAUGCUUAUCCAGGUAGACCCGAGAGACAAGGAGAGUUGGAGGUACAGGACAGCUUGAAAGUAGGAAGGGAGCAGGCUGAUUUUUAUUGAGUGCUUUUCCCACGAGGGGCCAGCAAGGCUAUGUUAUAUUUUAAAUUAUCUCAUCAGCUCUCUGAGGAAGGGGUUAUUAGCUUCAUCUUACAGAGGUGGGAACCUAGGGUCAGAGAAGUUUAGUAAUUUGCCUGUGGUCACUGAGCAGCUGAGUGGUGUUCUCUGCUUUGUUUUUGAUUCCACAGUGCCAAGGUAAGGAUUAUAAUUAUUCCUAUGGCUGUCUUAUGUGCUUGACUUAUAUGCCCCUCAGGUAUGUGUCCAGCACCUAGAUGACCAGCACCUAGAUGUCCUUGCCUGCAGAAGAUGCUCCAUAAAUGUGCAAACAUUGAGAAUCCUGACACUCUUUGAGAUUUUCAGAGAUGGUAAAAUCUGUGCUUUUGAGAAGCUACACACACAUCAGUCCUGCAAGAGGUGGUGCUUUGCCGGUCAGGUUAAUUUGGGGAGUGUUUCUUGGUCACUGCAGGAUCAGAAAUGGUCUCAGCUCUGCAGGCUUCCUGGGGGCACUCCUGACACUGCUGCAGACUUGCACACCCAAGACCUGAUGCUGUUGCUUCUGGUCCCUGCACUCUUGGUCAAAGGGGAGCUGUGGGAAAGCCCCACGCCCCAACCCUUAAUUCUGCAAAAGUCUUGAUAGAAGCCAAGUUUGGUAAAGACCUAUUUGGCCCAAAGGCUCCCGUUCUUACUUCCAUUUUUUUCAUUUCCUCCCCAUUUCCUUCCUUCUCUCUCUUCCUCCACUCUUUCCUUACUGUGAAGCAAAGCCUGAUGGGGCUCAUUUCCAAAGGAAGAGUGUGAUUGUCCUUUGGAAGAGUGAAUGUGACACCCUGGGCUGCAGUUGCGAUGUCUGUUUCCUUUGCAGUCAGUGCCUCUUGGCCUGAUCUCCCUGCUCCUGUGAAGCUCUGCUGUCAGCCAGCUCCCCUCCUCCCAGGUCACGGUGCCCCUGGCCAGUGCUGCUGGGGCAUGAAAGCUCUUUCUCCCUGCUCUGCCUUUGGCUGCACUGUUGCAUAGCUCCUCUGAAGUUUCUUCUUGUUUUUUCUCUUAUGCAUUAGAGGGAAGGACAGUGUUAAGUAUGGUCACAUGGUAGGAAUUCAGCCUCCCAGGCCUGCCAUUUCAGCAUCUGUGUCCUUGCAUUUCAAGUUCCCCAAUUAGGGUAGAGACCUCUGUCUCACAAUCACACAUGGUUCAAGUGUCUUCCAGAGAAGAAAGGAACGCAGCUCAGGAACUGCUUCAUGCAUGGGCAUCAAAUAGCACUUCACUGAGAUUGAGAGAGGCCUGACUACUUUCACAAUUAAAAAGCUCUCAGGAAAUCCUCAAAAUGCAUAUGUGCCAAAGCAAGACAGUGAAAGCAGUGAUGUGGCAUUAAUGGUUAGUUAAUUACAAGUUGACUCGGUAAGCAUAACACUAAUGUUAUUCCUAGUGUUGAACCUCUCCCCAGAAGUAGGCAUGAGGGAUAUUGUUUUCUAGAUGUAUUUACAGUUCUAGAUGUGGAAAUCACAUUUAGUGGGGAUUGGCAGGGAAGUCACUGGUCAGUUUCUUGUGGUGGGCCUGGCAUCUCUGUAUGGGUCUAACCUGACAGUUGCCUCUCUGUGCCCAGCAAGGCAAGACAGCCUCUCCUGAGCUGGUAGCCAGUCCUUUCAAGUGCAUUUGGUCCUGAGAGACAGAAGUGAUUGGUGGGCCUGUCUUUAGGUGGGUCACAGUGGGGAGGGAAGGCAGGAAGGAUGGACUGUCAGUAGCAUAGACUUUUUUUCUUUCCAUGGCUAAUGCCGGGUGGGCUACAGAGCCCUUCCAGGUCCUAGAAACUAGUGUGCCAGGUGUCAUUUCAUCCUUUUGGAGUUACCAGGGCUGAGCUGGCAUCUUGGAGCUCAGCCCCCUGGUCUGUGUAUCUGGCAGGAGAGCUUUCUGUGCCAAAGAUAGGCUUGCACACGCCGUUAUCUACCUACAAGUGGUGUAGAGUAGUAAUUAAGGGCAUGGCUCUUGCGUUGGCCUGAGUUCAGUCUUUUGUACUAUAUUAUUCUAUUCUACCUAUGUAAAGCAAGUGACUCAACCUCUUGGGGCCUUGCUUCUCCAGUUUGAAAAGUAAAGAAAAUAGCAACUGCCUAGGGUUACUGAGAGAAACUGGGUAGGUAAUAGAUACAGUGUAUUUGAAGAAGAUGAACCACUCCACAAGUAUUCAGUAAAUAUUUGUUAAUAGCCUACAUGGCAGACACUAUUCCCAGCCUUCUUAGUUCUUACUAAGGUAGGCUUGGGUCUAGGUGGAAGGACUAGCUAGCAAUAGAUGACAAAACAGCAACAGCUAAUAGUAAUAGUAAUAAUAACAACUAAUAUCAAGGACUGUUUGCUCACUGCUUUGCAUGAAUUCAUUCUCAUUUAGUUCCCACAUUAGUGCCAUGAGGUUCAGGGCCACUGUCAUUGCUUUGGUCAGGUGAGCACACUGAGGCACAGCAAGUUCAAGAUGCUUGCUGGAGGUAACCCAGGUGAUGAGUUGGUCUGUAGCCACAGCUUGGCUUUCCACCUCUGGCUGCACCACAGGUGGCUUUGACUUGGGAUUGGACGGCCAGCACUGCACCCAGUCCUGCUGGACUCCCAUUACCUUCUCGUCUGCCUCCAUCUGCACUGGUAGGCUCCUGUGGUGGGCAGCUGGAGGGGAGCUGAGCAGGGCCCUAUGAGCAGUUGUUUUCCGAAAAGGAGGGAGGCCUGUAUGGGCCAGAGCUUACCCAGCCAGUGUGGCCUUGGACACCAAACCUGGGCCCCUCUGGAUACCGUGAUAGGAGCCUCUGGAAAUCCUUGUCAGGGAAUGAAUAUUGGCAGAACUGCUGUUUUACCCCAUGGUAAGUAGGAAUAUAGAAGAAGUUCUGUCUUCUUUACUUCUUCCUCUUCCUCCCAAGUAUUUAGGAAGAAGUGACAAGCUGUGAGAGAUUCAGGAGAGAAACCAGAAGCAGGUUUCUGAUGAGCUGGUUGGAAGUGAGUUCUAAGUCAGCAGCAGUUUACGUCUGUAGCCGUCUAGUGGCUCUGACCCUUACCUUACUUUUGGCCCAGAUCUGGUUCUCUGGCGGAGCCCAGUGCCACCUGCGCUGAGCCAGAUAGCUGGAGGUCAGGCCUGUCAUGACAUCCUAGUCCUGGUGUUGUGGGCAGAUGUUUUUGGUCCCUGAGCUUAGAUUCCUGCUGUGGAACAACAGUGACUGUCCAGAGGCUGCCCCGCUCAGACAUCUGUGGUGUCAACAGGUAGUGCUGGUGAAAGCUACAGGGAGAAGUAAACUAAUGGGCACACAGCACUGCGUGGGCAGUUUAUCUGCCUGGGGUCCCUUGCAGCUCGAACUAGGAUUCCUUUUUCUCCAGGACACUUGUUUCUGCAAAUGCACUGACGCUUACAUCUCCCACAAGCCAUGGGGUAGACACAUGGCCACCCCUCUGACAAAAAAAGAGAUUGGUUCCAGUAGGAACCCAUGCUCCCAAGUAAACCUUUGGUGUGGAGGUAUGGAGAAUGACUACUUUCAUUGCCUGCUAACUGGUGGCUAUCUUGCUGUGUUGUUCUUGGAGCUUCUCAAUCUAGCCAUUCUAGCAAGCGAGGUACAUUCUUGAUUUUCAAAGUAAAUGAGCCAAUAAACUUGAAAUCUUCCACCUCAGUUUUUGUGUGUGAAUUACCUGUCUGAUGUUUUGUGGGGAAAAGUCCUGAUCAUCACAGCUCUUUAAGGGGCUGGACCCAUGUUGCAAGGUGUACAGACCCUAUUGAAGACUAGACAAUUCCUAUAUAAAGGUAGGAAAUGAAGAGACGUUUAUAGACUGGAUGCUUUCCAGAGAGCUGGACAAGAGUAAACAGUUAAAUUGGAAUAAAAUUGUUACUGUUAUGGCUGUAGAAGGUAUGAAAGUAUGAGCUACUGGUUGGUUACUAUACAUGUCAUUUUCUAGUGAAAACAAUGUCAUUCUGACUGGAUGCCAGUUAUGUGAAUAUACUUUGUACAGUAGACAUGUCUGUUUUCUAGUAACACAUGGAGCUGUUUGAACUGGCUGUUUGGCUGAAAUAGGCUUAGUUUUCUCUAUUGAUUCUGCUCAUUGCUGUCUACACACAUCACCCCCAGAAAGCUGGCAGGAACAGUUUCUUUAGUCACAGUAUUAGCUGGAUAGAGCCAUCUUUGGGAACACUUAGGAUAAGGACAGUCUCACAUGGGUGUACCCCAUGGACCUGCAAGUUCUCUGCUGGCCAGGUCGUGGAGCCCACACUGAAGCAGGGGUGAGACUGGGAAAGGGACUGUGAGAUUCUCUCUGCCCCUGUCCUUCAUAAAUUCCACAUGCCCGACUGAGUAAAGUGAGAGCUUGUGGGAGAGUUGGCAACUCCCUCCCUGUUUAGGUUGUGCUGUUAUUUGAAGUUUGUUAAACAGGCUGAUCUUGAUGAUGCAGGCAGUAAGCUCACCCUGUAUCCCUGACCCUACUCUGCUUUUUUCAUAGUCCAAGCCACUCCACCUCUGUGACCAUGCUCAGGUACAGCUUCCUGUAGGGAACCUGCCAAACCACUAGGCCCUUGCACAUCUGCCUCUUUCCUCAGUUUUCCUGAUCGUCUCUCCCAUUAUUCACACAUGUCUCCCAGCUCAUGCAGUCCUCAGAGGACAAGGCACAUUCCCUCUGUCUCUCAUGUGUCUUUCUACAUCAUGAUGAUGGAAGCAAAGGUCAGCCUCGCAUUUGUUGGGUGGACAUUUACGUGUGCAUCAGUCCCUGCAUGUACAGCACGUGUGCCUUCAGUGUCCAUCCUGGGGGUGGGGAGGGGAGCAGUGAGAUCAGAUGUCAUUCUGACUUUAAGGACUGUAGUCUCCAACAAGAGGAGCUGACUUUGGAAAGAAGAGGACUGUUGCUGAACCAGGAGUCUGCGCUCUGAAGAAAGAGAAAGGGAUUUUACUGAGGGAUAGUGGUGUUACUUGCAGCCCUGCCAGGAAGGAAGAUGUGAUGAGACCAUUUCUGUAUUUCUCUGUAGGGCCAGAUGUCCCAGCAUCUCAUUUUGACUAAGAUGUGACCUGAAAUCUCAGUAGAUGAUGCCCUCAGCAGCCACCCAGUCCCAAACCCUUUAUCCCCCUUGACCUUUGCAUGACUCUCCUAACCCCUUUUGGUAUCUCUUUGAAUUUUUUUUUUUUUUUUUUUUUUUGUCUUUUUCGUUUUUAUCGGUACUAGGGAUCGAACUCACGACUGCCUGCUUACAAGGCAGGCGCUUAUGCCACUGAGCUAAAUCCCCAGCCCCCCCCUUUUGGUAUCUCUUGCAUCCAUCAACUGUCUUCUACCUCUAUACCAUCUGGUUCACAUCUGGUCUCCCCUGUAGUCUUCUGGCUCCCAUCUUGUGUCUCCUUGUAUCCCUCUGCACUACCCACCCAACUGCUGUUUUUCAAACAACCCAAAGCCAACUUGUCUAGAGGCAUGUUGCCAAAAAUCUGUUUGCCUAAGGAUUGAUUCAAGGAAUCUAUUUACCUAAAAUUAAAUAUUCUUGAGUAUUUUCAGAUCCA